AUGACUCAAGACUCAGAAGUUGAAAAUUGGGAGACACAAGUUAUGCUACUAUCUGUUGAAACAAUGGAGGCUAAUCCUGAAGAUAACAGCCCUCACGCGCCGACGCGUGGGAUAGAUGCGUCGCCGCCGUCAGAACACCGUAGUAGCAAGGAUCUAAUUGAUGAGGCAAAACAAACUCUGCACAAUAACUUCAAGGUAAAGGAUUUAGGCGAGCUCAAAUAUUUCUUGGGAAUUGAAGUGCUCAGAUCACAGAAAGGGAUACUUCUUAAUCAAAGGAAGUAUACCUUAGAAUUAGUGUCAGAUGUGGGACUAAGUGGUACAAAGCCAGUAUUCACACCACUUGAAGCCAACAUAAAAUUGACUACUGCAGAAUAUGACAAGCUGACAGGAUACACAGAUGAUCCUCUACUGGAGGACAUAAGCAGCUAUCAAAAUUUAGUGGAAAAAUUGAUUUAUCUAACAAUCACAAAGCCAGAUAUUUGCUUCACAGUUCAAGUUCUUAGCCAAUUCAUGCAACAACCAAAGAGAUCAUAUUGGGAUGCAUCGUUAAGAGUGACUAAAUACAUUAAAGGAUGUUCAGACUUAGGGAUAUUCAUGCCUAAGAACUCCACAAUUCAGUUGACUGCAUUUUGUGAUGCAGACUGGGCUGCAUGCCCCAAGACUAGGUGCUCAGUGACAGUUUAUGCCAUCAAAUUGGGUGACUCUUUAAUCUCCUGGAAGUCGAAGAAAUAG